GGAAGGGCUGUUUUGGGGCAUGCAGAUGUGUCCUGAACAAGCUCAAAUGGCUGUGGCUCCGUUGCAACGAAGCCAUGGCUUCGCGGGAAGAUGAUGAAGAAGCUCAUGAAGAAAGCAGAGAAGUCUCGGUGUUUGGCCGGGGGACUGGUCGCGACAGGUCGUACCAGCAGCUGUGUUUGCUGGCUGCUGUCGGGCGUGCUGCCCGCGCGAGAUCACGAUUGAAGAAAGCCAACGAGCAAAGAGCGCACGCCUUGGUGGAGUUCACGGAAUCUAUCAACAUGGUGAAAGCGGCGCGAGCUCCUAGAUUGAAAGUUGUAGCCCGUGGCGGCCUGGUAGUGCUGAAGCAGGGCAAGGGCGACCGGUCUCGCUAUGUCUUGACUUUCCAGGAGAUGCUGCGCAUGGCCUUCGCAAAGCGACGUUGUCGCAACGCUGCUGCUGAUGCGUACGCGGUGUCACAACGCACAGUUCGCCGAGUUCUUGCAGUUACAGCCCAUUGCAUUUUGGAGACCCAGAUGAGCCAGAUGAAAGAGUUCGAGCGGUAUGUGCUGUCCCACACGCCGGACUUCGCUGCCGCAGUGGUGAUGUGGGACGAGACGAGUGAGAAGCUGUCACUCAACGCGGUGCAUGGCACUGCCCGGUGCCAGCAGGCUUCCACUUGGCAGGUUUUGGUAUCUCGUGUGCAUCUAACUCUCGGGUGGAUCAAUGGUGUGAAGCUAUACCGUGAGUUCGUGACACCUCCAGUUCCGUUGACAAGCAACAGCAGCGACAACGUGCAUGCUGGCCUGUUCUGCCACCCCUUUACCAAGUGUUUGCUGGAUGCUGUUCGCAGCAUCUUGCUGGCUGCUCGGAAGCGCGCCGUUGUUCACGAAGUUGACGGCCACCUGGCGAACGAGCGCUUGCACUUUCACCGGUACGCGCUUGAAAAGGAGCGGAGGGCUUCGAGCCCAUCUGAAGCAAAACCAGUGCUCACAGACAUCAUGUUGUGCCAGAAUCACCAGACCAAUCUGGUGAUGACUGCUACUGUUGCCAAUGUUGUGCCAUCUGCUGACUCUGGCGGGAAGAUGCUGCCCAACCUAUACUGCACUACGCUUUUUCUGCGCAUGGGUGGGCACUUUGUCCGGCUUUUAGCUUCGUUACAGUACCUGAUCGAGUCGGAGUCCUUCUUUGAGUGGAGACCGUGGUCUUGCGAGCCGCAGCCCGCCGGACACGAGUACCGGGCAGAGCUGGCCGCGUAUCUCAUUGACAACUUGCGGCAUGGCGAUCGGCAGAUGUCCGCGUCAGAUCCAGGCCCGAAGACUUCAGCGUGGCGCCAGUCAGCUGAGAACAUCAAGGCUGCGUUCAACACUGUGUUGAACGGCCCUUCCUGGGAGCGCCAUCGGCUGUGCCACAUUUGCAUUGGUCGCUGUUGCAGAGACCGCAAGGAGGCGGAAGGCAAGGUUGUUUGGGCGUGCGUGCGGGUCUUGAUGCGCAAGAUGCCAGUUGUUCCCUUAGUUUCAGAUUGGACAAAGCUGAUGCCGAACAUUGAUUUUUUCCUAUCAACUGAUCAUCAAGGACUCCUGUCUUCGUUGCUGGCGCAAGCCUCUUGGGCAUUCAAAUUUCCUCAGAAGGAACCAUCUAUGGGGGAAGACGGUGGUGAUGGCGAUUCGGGCAAGGUGGAUUGGCACGCCCUCGCUGGCAGGCGAUUCAGGCGAUGCCGCCAGAUGAUGGAGUCAACUGACGAGCGCUGGCGGCGGUCAAUGCUUGCAGUGAUCCUCGAGCCGCUUCGACACUGUCAUUCCACUUUUUUGAAGCACGCGCAUAGCGCUGCCGAUGAUGAGAGCUGGCCUCUUUUGUUUGACGAGCUCUGGCCAAGCAAAAGCAAGUCUGUGGGAGCGCAGCAGUAUCUUUCCACGCUUCUGGCUGGAAGUGGGUCCCGCUUGCGUUUGAUCUGGCAAGUUCUAGGACACCAGAGCAUGGAGCAGUGGAUGUGCCAGCGGCCGGAGCAAGCAAAGGAAGUGCGCUCGCUGAUGCUCAUGGUAUGUAUGCUGACUCAGCGACGCUAUGAAGCAACUGUGAAUCGGUGGCCUUGGAAGUUAUUCGCUUUGGCAGAUCCCCGCCGGUCGGACCACGAAGAAAUGUUCAAAGCCUUCUUCUCCUUGCCCCCAUGUUGUUUGCCGGCCGGCUUUGCUCGUGAGAUUCGGGAAGAUGCUAGUGAGGAAACCUUUUUGGCAGAACUUUUGCAUUGGCGAUGGUUCUUUGUGAGCACAGCCAUGCUUUUGAAGUUGAGCGUUGCCCAUGUGGAAAGGCGGCAUGCAGUGCACAAACGCAACGCCAAUCCGCAGAUGCCUUGGGAGAUGUUCAGUGCCGACAGCAUCCUGUCUGAAGCGACGUAUGUAGCAGGCUCCCUGGACCGCAUGCGUAAGGAGAGGGCUCAGCGGCAGGCCGGCUGCCAGGCUUUGAGCGGCAACCAGCGCCAGUCAAGGUGUGAUGCCCUGGCGCUGACAGACAUCGCGCCUGUUGCCAACCCAGUACCCAGCGGGAGCAGCCCACUGGCAAGCAUUGGCGUUGCGGCUGUUGCUAGCCCAGUGCCAAGCGGGAGUGCUGCGCCGCAGCGUGCAAGAUUACGUGCGCAGAACCCCUUCGAACUCUUCAAGUGGGAGUGGUUGCAAACUCAAAAAAAGAUGGGGAAGCAGUGGAACCCUGCCUCAAAGGAGUUUUACGCAGCCGUUCGAAAGGAUUUCGGGGAACUUUCACCGGAGAAGCUGGAGGCGCUUGGACAGGCAGCCUCGGCCAGCAAAGUUCGUGCAGCAUGCGUGCGACGCCAACUCAAGCUUCAGGCAGCAGCAGCUGUCCCGCCAGUGGAAAACUUGGCAAGGGCUGGCGGCCUUCAGCAAAUUGGAGACGCACCGACACCGACACCGACACUGAUUCACUUGGUUCAGCCGCCGCCUUGUGUGCCAAACCCCAGCCAGCUUUCCAAUGCCUUGAGUUUGCCCCAGCUGGAAAGCGGUCGACCGCGACCGCCGUACUCCAAGCACAUGGCAUGCUUUAGCUUGAGCGCCCCGUUACUACAGCAGGCUGCAGGACAGGCGCAGCACCUUGAGAAACAGACUUACCCUCUAUCGCGUGACAUCUUAAAGCAGCGAAUGGCUUCCAAGAGCUACAAGUUGAAGGCAGAUUGCGAGGCCUUUGCUGCAAAAGCUGCUCACAUUGCCAGCGCCGGGGGUCUUCCGGCUCAAGUUGCGUACCCUGCCAAGUGCGGGGCGCUGUGCAGGUCAAGCACAUCUGCCAGAGUGCUGGGUUUCCACAGCCGGGUUGUCAAGCUUCUGCUGCAGCUCGUGACAGAGCUGUCUCCCGAUCGCAGCUUAUCAUUGGCUCACCGGGCCAACCUGUUGAUUGCCGCUGAAAGCUUUGCCAACACGGACGAUGAGAGCCCCACGAGCGUUGACUUCUUCGUUGUCGCUUGCGCGGCUGGGCGGCAGGCUCAUCACCCUGCGUCUGUGUCACUGGCAGAGCUUUCCCACGUGUCAGGCCCUGCUUUCCCACCUUACGUGCCCCGCAUCCACCAUGCAGGGCCGCUGAUCCUCAAGCAUGCUCGACUUCCGUUUGCCCAGAGUGUCAAGAAAUUGCGACCGCCCCUUGACCAAGCUGACUUUGGGCGGUUGAAGUACUUCAGUGAGGAUGCGUUUGCCGGCAAACUGUGCUCUCCAGGGCAGUUGCCCGGCAUGGAGUGCGUUGCAAAGAUAGGGUUGGUGCCGCUGACCUGGAAGUUUGCGAGUGCCUCUGGCUUCGACUCCUAUGUCAUUACCGGCCUUCACCAGCUGGAGACAGAGUACAUUGCCCAGUGUGAGGAAGAGCAGCUUCCAGUAGCAGACAGUUCUGACGCUGACUCUUCUGGAGCCAGCGAUUUUGAUAUGCUAGCGGACUUGCACACUUCUCGCGUGGCGAAGCCCGCUCGUGCUGCACAGCCUGCGCGGCCGGCAGCAGGGCGCCCGGCAAAGCGGGCCAGGCUCGCCCCUGACACUGGUGGGAAUGAUGCUGACGCGCUCCCAAUUCUGGCCGACGCAGGCAAUCCUUUGCUUGAGUUGCAACAUGCUGCGCAAGGUUCUGAAGGCCCGGCUCACCUCCUGACAGCCGACGAGGCCGUUGACCUUGAGGCAGACUCGAACAUUUCUUCAGCUGAGAGUGUUCCUGGCGAAGAGCCUGCUGUGAAGCCCCCUGCUGGCUGUGCUGACAGUGCUCCGAGCAAUGCAACAGCAGCUGCAGCGAGUGCCAACAAUGAUGACUUUGAUGAUUUGACAUGUUUCCUGGAUGUCAGCAACGAUGACUUUGACGACUUGACAUGUUUCCAGGAUGACGAACCCACCAACACCAACCACCUUCCAAUGGGCGACGUUCAAGCCAGUGCCUCAUCAGGCGCUCAACCAAAACCUUUGCCUAGCAACCAGCCCAACCAGUCCGCCUGUGGCAGUGCUUCUCGGAUCUAUGAUCGUGGUGCGUGGGUUUUUUGGAGCCAUUGUGGCCGGGACGUUGGUCGCCUCCAUGUUCUCGGCGGCUCCAGCUUGAAAGCAACAUGUCGGCUGCACAAAGGUUGCGUUUGCGCAGUUUCCUUGGCAAGCGCUGGCUCCAAGCGAGAGCAGGAUUUGGAGGAUUUGCAUGGGGCAGUGCCAAAUCUAGGCACCAUCGAACAAGAUUUGCUGGCUUGGCUUGAGCAGGGCCUGGACAUGGAUACAGAAGCCCAUGCUCGGUCGGCCAGGCAGCUGAAAGCUGCUAAGCAUCUCAUGAGAGUGCGGCAGAAGUGAUUCGAAUUGAAACAGCUUGG